AUGGGAGAGGGAGGGAGAUGGAGAGAGUGAAUAUUUAGAGAAACAUGGGAAGCGAGAUCAUCUGGAACAAACUGUUCACUGUGGUUGGGUUUGUCUUUGGGUGCGAGGACUUUGAUGUACAACAGGGUCUCUGAGUGCUGACGCUGUGGUCUAACAAUCCUCAACUAAGUUGAUUAGUCUACCUCUUGAGUAAAACAGGGGUGCGUGUGUUUGUAGGAGUUGUACGAGUUCAGAGGAGAACUUUAUUUUGGUUGUUUUCAUUCUUGUCUAAUGAUUGUUUUGCUGUCUACACUUUGGGGAGGAAGAGAGGGCGAGUUCAUAUCAGCAGAAAUAAUUCCAGAGUUAGCAGCGCUCUCUCUCUCCAGCCCUCUGGACUGUGGAUUCGGACUCCUCAUACACGCAUACACCUGUUGCUCAGGAUCCCGGUGAGGCUAAUUGCAGCAGCAGCCACAGUCUGUGGAUCUGUUCCUCUGUUCUGGAUUGGAAGCCUCUGUCUGUUGACGGUACUGUCGAGGCUUGACCGGACCUGCGUCUGUGUAGAGUGUGGAGAUGUCAUCUAUGUACCCACGCACCAAGGAGCUGUCCAGGACUAGGAAGUCUCUGUCAGACUCCCCACCCUCCUCACCCUCUCCCACGGCCAAGAACUUCAGACAUGACAGGGCAUCAAGGUUGGACUCUGGUGGUGGGGACAGCAAGGCUGAACCCCUGGGCAGAACCAGCUCCUACACACGGAGGGAGACCAGACUGGCAGCAUUGAACAAGCAGGAGGAUGACACCAGCCCCAGGGACUACAAGAAGAUGUAUGAAGACGCCUUGGCAGAGAAUGACAAGCUCAAGUCCCGGCUGGAUGACAGCAAACACGAGCUGACCAAGAUCCGCUCCCAGCUGGACAAAGUCAACCAGAAACAGGACAGAAUAUCUGAAAGAUCCACUGUACUUGAAUCAGAAAAAAGGGAAAAACAGGCUCUGGAGAAGAGGGUAACAGACAUGGAGGAGGAGCUCAAGGUCUUGACAGAGCUCAAAUCAGACAACCAAAGACUGAAGGACGAGAACGGGGCUCUGAUUCGUGUCAUCAGCAAGUUGUCCAAGUAAAAGGGUGGUGCCCCCUGUAAAAAGUCAGACACUUCCCUGAUGCUUGCAACGUGUCACUAUCAUUAGCAUUCGGUACCCUCCCACCCUGACACUGAACCAUGGUGCUUAGUGACACCUACCUGCCAGCUGUUCUCAGAGGCAUGGUGAGGAACCUUCCAAAUUCGGAUGACCCCUGCCUCGACCCUUGACCUCUAUGCUCUUAGGCCCACUUCAUACCAGUAGGUCAAAGGUGUGAAGAGCACACAGCGUCCGCACAAAGAGAGUGUUGGUCUGGGGUACAGUAAACUGCGAAGCUCCAGACCAGCAAUCUAAACAAUAUCACAUCCACAUAUUUUACCUGUACAUCACAAACAUACUGUAUUUAUUUUGUGCUUCAUUGUGCACUGCAAAACAACUUUAUUUUUCUCAAACUACUGAAAAAGCACUCAUAGGAAUUACUUUCAAUUAUCUUUCAUUGCAGUGAUAGCAUUACACAUUGCCAUGAAUGCUUCUGAUGUGAGAUGUUGUGACUUGUUUAUGAUCAAUCAGUAUGGUCUACUAUAGUCUCUGAGAUGUCAUACUUGUCACAUUUGUUAGAUAUUUUAAUAAUUUAUUUAUGCAUUUUUUGGUUUAGAAUCUUUGAACCUAUACUCAACUAUAUUUGUACCGAUAUAGUAUUAAUGUGUCCUAUUAAACCGUACCGUUGGAGCCCACAUAGUAACUUAUGUUGGAAGAUGGACAGCCUCUUUUUAUUUCAAGUGAAACAUGUACAUGAUUUGUAAUGCACAGGGAACAACAUACAAGGGCCUUCUUUAUGUGCCUUUGCUUAAAGACCAAUACAGCUAUCAGUCUAAUGAACUGUACGUAUAUUUAAAGACAGUAUUUUAUGUUGAAAUAACUUUACCAUGUAUGUAUAUGUUAUACGAGACCGAAAUACUGACAUUCUACUUGUACACACAGCUGUGGUUUGAUCACUUGCUUAAUAAACUAUAGAUGGUUAAAUAAUAAA